AUGAUCUGUCUCUUACCUCCUAUUCCGCCCGCCAGCACAGUCUCGGUCAUGGUACCACCCCUACAGCCUGAGGAUAUGCUUCCUAAACUACGCCUUCAUCAGCAUAACUCGAAAAACAAGUUAUUCGGUCUGCAAGCCAAUCACCCAACUCUGGAAAGCUCACAGCAGAAUAGUGGAGAUGGGACAGAAUCCAAACCGGUUGUUGGAGCACGUACCGGUAAACGCAAGCAGUCUGAGGGUAAUGAGGCUCGUCAAUUGCCACCUUCUUUACCACCGGUUACUCGAUCACAUUGUCAUUUCAUCAGACUAAAGUUCCCCACGACUGCCGAACGAAGAUUUGAUACCUUCCUGGUCCCUCAAUGUGCAACGGGCGAUGAGGUGAUCAAGAAGAAGAUGAAACAGUUUGAGAUGGUUGAGGAUGAUAAUCUGACGGGAGAAGAACAGAGUAGAGGGGUCCGGAUUGGACCUGAUGGGCGCAAACAUUCCGAGGCAAGACUCGAGCAUCCGAUGCUAUUAAGUCUCAAGCCAGAGUGUUCGACGUUUGCGGUUGAUGACGAGACGCUGAACAUCCUCAUCGAUGUCUUUGGGCUAUGGUUGAUCCAAGACGGCCAGGUUGAAGUCUUGUUACCCAAGGCAUUUUUCAGCAGGUUCGAUGAUGAAGAGGAGCUAGACGAGCGGGAACGAGAGCUGAGCUUUUCGUCCUUCAGUUCCUGGAACGAGCCCCAUCUUUCUCAACGAGGUACCAGUCAAGCUAGUACAUCUAGGAGCAGCCAUAAUCGACUCAAACGCAGGGCUCAGUCUCCCUCCUCUUCUUUGCCCUCUAGAGCCUCCUCCCCUCGCUCUUCUUCUUUUCUUUCUCCUAAUGAAGCCUAG